CGAAGCCGCGGCCGACUGUGCAGCACCGUGGACAACUCAGGUGAGCGCCAUCGCACUCGACCACCUGGCCGAGCAGCCGUCUGCAGCCACACGCGCCCUCCUAAUUAGCAGUGGUGUCGGUGCCUAGCCGCGCAGUCACAACACGCCACCCGCUGCCGCCGCCGGUACUACUCGGCCGCCUGUUGCCCGCGACGCCCGCGCUCGCGAUCCGCUCCCGAACACCGCAUGCAGCCCGCGUAAGUCCCUCGCUAACCUAACACAACUACCCGGUCCAAUGAGUGGGGACGCAGGAUACAUUUCAACAAACUACGAUAUGAGGAACAACGUGAAGCCUUCGUUUUGGGGCCAGAGGACGAAGAUGGAGAAACGGCUGAUGUUGGCAGCUGGCGUGACGACUGUCCUCGCCAUUGCCUUCCUCGCUGCCUUCGUGGCCACACUCGUGGUGCGAUCCUCCACAGACAUCAGCGACAUACCUCAGACUAGUGAACUGAGAAUUUCUUCGUCCGUGCCGCCGGCAGUGGUCGUUAAAGGGGGACCAGCUGAUGUGGAGCUUUGCAACAGUCCUGGAUGUAUCCAUACAGCUUCCAAACUGCUGUUGAACAUGGAUGACAAGGUGGACCCUUGUGAUGACUUCUACGACUUCGCUUGUGGUUCCUUCAUGAAGAACACUCGCAUACCUGAUGACAAGACGUCAGUGAAUACCUUCUCCAUCAUCACGGAUCAGCUGCAGGAACAGAUACGAGCCCUGUUGGAUGAGCCUAUUAUUGAGAAUGAGCCUAGGCCGUUUGCCUUGGCUAAGACUCUGUACCAGGCUUGCAUGAACCGAACUGCAAUCGAGUCUCGCGGCGUGCAGCCCCUGCUCGACAUGCUGAAGAGGCUCGGCGGCUGGCCGGUGCUCGAUGGAGACUCCUGGGACGAAAAGUCCUUCUCCUGGGAACAGUCUGUCUACAAAUUCAGAUCGGCCGGUUAUUCCGUCGACUACUUCCUCGAUUUCUCCAUCAGCGUUGACGUGAAGAACUCCACCAAGCGUAUCAUCGAUCUGGACCAGGCGUCUCUAGGUUUGAGCCGAGAGUACCUGAACCGUGGGUUCAGUGAUAAGCUCGUGCAAGCUUACUACGAGUACAUGGUCGACAUCGCCACCCUGCUGGGAGCUGAGCGCGCCCGCGCAGAGGUUGAUCUCAAGGAGUCGCUGCAAUUCGAAAUGAAACUUGCCAAUAUUUCCUUGCCACUGGAGAAACGUCGUAAUGCCACUAGCUUAUAUAACCCGAUGACUAUUGCCGAGCUGACCCAGAAGUUCCCUAAGAUCCCAUGGCUGGAGUACAUCAACCGGCUUCUCGCCCCUCACGUGACCAUUGGAAUGGACGAAAUCACCAUCGUUAGCGUGCCUAAAUACAUUUCUGAUCUCGAGGUCCUUCUGGAGAAGACGCCAAAGCGUGUGCAAGCUAACUACGUGAUGUGGCGUGUGGCUGGCGCGUCCGUCUCCUACCUGACUGACAGCUUGCGUCGCCGUCAGCUCGCGUACGUCACUGCUCUAUCCGGCAAGACUGAACGGGAGAGUAGGUGGAAGGAGUGUGCUGAUACCACCAGUGUUAGUAUGUCGAUCGCUGUGGGAGCUCUGUACAUAAGGAAGUAUUUCAAUGAAAACUCAAAAGCUAAUGCCUUGGAGAUGGUGAACGAUAUCAGACAACAAUUUCGCAAGACACUGAACGAGGUAGACUGGAUGGACGAGAAGACUCGUAAAGCCGCGCUGGAGAAAGCUGACUCCAUGUCAUCGCACAUCGCAUACCCCAGUGAAAUGUUGGACAAUGACAAGCUUACCAAAUUCUACGAAGGGUUGGAAAUGUCAUCUGACAAGCUCAUGGAGUCCGUCCUGAACCUCACACUGUUCGGCACCGAGUACCUGUUCGGCAAACUUCGGGAGCCAGUCAACAAGACCGACUGGGUGACCCACGGCCGCCCCGCCAUCGUCAACGCCUUCUACUCUUCUAUUGAGAACAGCAUUCAGUUCCCGGCCGGUAUCCUGCAAGGUGCUUUCUUCUCUGCUAAGCGUCCCGCCUACAUGAACUACGGAGCCAUUGGUUUCGUCAUUGGACACGAAAUUACUCACGGUUUUGAUGACCAGGGUCGCCAAUUCGAUAGGAACGGAAACCUAGUGGACUGGUGGCAGGAGAUGACCAAGCAGAAGUACCUCGAGAAAGCCAAAUGUAUUAUUGAUCAGUAUUCCAACUACACCGUCGAAGAAGUAGGCCUCAAGCUGAAUGGAGUGAACACCCAAGGCGAGAACAUCGCAGACAACGGCGGAAUCAAGGAAGCGUACUAUGCCUACCAGGCGUGGACCCACCGACACGGAGAGGAAGCAAGACUGCCAGGUCUAGAGAAAUACACACCUAAACAGCUAUUCUGGCUGAGCGCGGCGAACACGUGGUGCGCGGUGUACCGGAACGAGGCGAUCAAGCUGCGCAUCACGACCGGCUUCCACGCGCCCGGCCGCUUCCGCGUCGUCGGCCCGCUGUCCAACAUGGAGGAGUUCGCCGAGGACUUCAAGUGCCCCGCCGGCUCGCCCAUGAACCCACACAACAAGUGCAAAGUGUGGUAGUGCCUCCGUACCGCCGCCGCCUCUCGAACACUGACAUGCAUGGUGCAUGAUGCGCCCACUCACGAGCUACCCACACGUCCACCCGAACAUUCGACAUUACACACAGUUCGCCUCCUGUACUUAACCGUGUGACGUACAUGCGAAUAAAUUCAAUCUCACACUAUUUAUCUAAACAAUUCGAUUCUAUAGUACUUACGUAUUUGUAGCUCGGCUGUGCUAACGCGAUGAACCUACACCUAGACUAUGGUUAGUGCAACUUUGUGGGUGUUAAAUUGAGUUUUUAGAUGUCACCUGAUAUUUCGAUGUUGUUAAAUAAACUUGUAAAUAGAUUAGCUGAAUUGUGUUUUUAGAUAGUUUUAUAUUCUUAUCACAAGCUACGACUCCAGAUACAUGUAGAUUUGGGUGAGACUUUAGACUGAGCACAGAACAUUAGAUAUUCGACGGGUAUACACAAUGUAUAGGUAUUAUGCAAUCGUGUACAUUAGAAGCCGACGCCCUGUUUAAUGUAAAGCCUGCAUGUAACAAGAGCUGUUACGAUUAGUGUUUCAUAUUUAUUGGAGCCGCAGUUACAGGCCGCCGAGCAGAAACCAUUCGAUUUUUAUUAAUAAUAUUAUAUUACUAAACAAUUGUAUUAUUAUCUGUAGGAACUAUUACUGCGGCUGUUAGUGUAUUAAUGUACUAAUACUGUAUCGAAUCUCACUUGUAUGUGAAUAUGAAACGAACAGUGAUAAUUUAAUUUAAACUUAAGUACCUAGUUAGUAGCGAUUUUGGAUACAAUCGUAUUGUUGUAAAUCAUUGAAACAUCAAUAUAAGAUAAUUUUUAUCAA